AUGGAAAGGAAAUCUAAGAAGAAUUCAAAAAGUGAAAAAACAGAAUCUGCUUCAAAAAAGAAAAAGAAAAAGGAUGAUGACAUGAGUGAACCAGAAGAAGAUGAACAAAAAAUAAAUGAGGUAGAAGAUGGUUCUUUAUUACUUAAAAGUGAUAAAACAGAAAAUAAUGUAAAUAAUAAUAAUAAUAAUAAUAAUAAUAAUGAUAAUACCAAUUAUGAUAACCAAAAGAAUAACUUAUUGUAUAAAAAGAGAAAUAGGGUGUGCCCAUACCUACGUACCAUUAAUAGAAACCUUCUGGAUUUUGACUUUGAAAAAUUGUGUAGCAUCAGUUUAUCAAAUUUACAUGUAUAUGCUUGUUUAGUAUGUGGUUUAUAUUUUCAAGGGAUAGGAAAAGGGACUCAUGCUUAUACUCAUUCCUUGGAAAAAAAUCAUUAUGUAUUUAUAAAUUUAGAAACAUGUAAAACUUGUUGCAUUCCUGAAGGUUAUGAAAUUGUAGAUGCUUCAUUAAAUGACAUAAAGUAUUUUUUAAAACCUACCUAUAACAAGGAACAAGUUGAACAUUUAUGUUAUAAUUCUGUAUUAGGAAAAUCGUUAGAUGGUGGUGAUUUUUUACCCGGAUUAGUAGGUUUAAAUAAUUUAAAAAACACCGAUUAUUGUAAUGUUAUUAUACAAUUAAUAUGCUCUAUUAUACCCUUACGUAAUACUUUAUUAUUAUAUGAAUGUAAGGAAAAUAUAGCAAAAAAUAUAAUAGUAGUACUCUCUGAUUUAAUAAAAAAAAUAUAUAACCCCAGAAAUUUUAAAGGAGUUGUUUCUCCUCAUGAAUUUUUACAAGCAGUAGGAAUUGAAUCAAAUAAAAAUUUUAAAAUUGGUACGAAAAAAUAUCCUCUUGACUUUUUUUUAUGGUUACUUAAUAAAAUUUAUAGACAUUCUAAUAAAAUGUUAAAAAAAAGAAAAUUAUCAACCCUUAAAAAAAAAACAGGAUACAUGAAAAGAAAACUAGAAGACAAUGAGCCUGUUUCAAAAGAAGAAAAAAAAAAUCUACAUGAUAAGGAAAAAAUAUAUGAUGAAAUGAACAAAUCAGAUAAUACAAGUAAUAAAAAAAAGGAGAAAGAUAAAUGGGCAUAUAGUAAUAUUAAUAUAGUCGAUUAUUGUUUUGAUGGGGAAUUACUCAUUAAAACAAUAAAAGAAGAAGGAAAUGAAGAGUCACAAGAAAAUAUGGAAUUAAAAUUUAACGAAUCAGAUAAUGAUUCAAAAGAUUAUUUAAAAAAUAUAAACGAAGAAGAAGUAGAAGAAGAAGAAAAAAAUAAACAAAAAAAUGAUUAUCAAAAUAUAUAUAAUAAUACCUUUUUAAAUCUUGUAAAAAAAAAUAAAAAUGAUUUAAUUGUAAAAAUUCCUUUCCGUACAUUGUCAUUAAAACUACCAAAUGCUCCAGUAUUUAAGAGUACAACAGAAAGUAAUAUAAUACCACAAGUAUCUAUUUUUGAAUUGUUAUCAAAGUUCGAUGGAGAGACAGAAACCUUUCUACAAGAACAUUUUAAAAUACCGAAUACAUUAAUAAUAUCUAAAUUACCCAAAUAUCUAAUUUUUACUAUUGAACGUUUUUCAAAGAAUAAUUUUUUUAUAGAAAAAAAUGGAACAAUAGUAAAUUUUGUUAUUAAAAACCUUGAUAUGAAAGAUUAUGUACAUGAAGAUUUUCUAAGUCUAAAUCCUGUAACUAAAUAUAAUUUAAUUGCAAAUAUUUUUCAUACAGGUACAGUAAAUCAAGGUUCUUAUAAAAUUCAUGUAUUAAAUCAACCAACAAAUGAAUGGUAUGAAAUUGAAGACCUGCAUGUUAUAUCUAUUUUGCCGCAAUUAGUUUUAUUGCCCGAAUCAUGUAUUCAGUUAUAUCAGCGACAGGAUGUUAAACUAAAUGGGGACAUAUAA